AUGCGUCGGGUCAAAAUGAAUGUGAACCCUGACUUGGGUGAUUUAGAGGAGAUGCUUGCUCAUGUUCAAACGCAGAUUGAACAGGAGAUUGACAUGGAGAAGGAAAACAAGAUGCCGUCAAUUAUCAGCGUUCAAGAAUCACCAAAGAUGAAGAGGAAUGGAUCUUUCAACCGAUCAGAGAGUUUAGAAUACCGGCGUCCCCCACGCCCUACGAGGUUAAAUGGAGAUGGACCUCAGUCUUUGGAGUAUAGAAAUGGCGAUUAUGGUACCACCAAUGGUGUUAAAGGAUCCCAAAGCAGCUUGAAGUCGAACGAUGACUCUCAGGUGUCCUUCCAGUCUUUUCGUUCGGAACCUGUGCAGCGGCACUCGGUUCUGAGUCUUCAGGAUAAAAGGGAGGCUUUCAUGAAUGGAUGGUCUAAAACUGCGACUUUGCCGAGAGGAUAUGGCUCCACUAAAGAGAAGAAUUGGGAGGAGUAUUGGUCACACGAGCAGUCGAUAAGCAGCGCGCGCGCGUCGGUAAUGGUGUACGAUGACUCUCUCAAACGCUGGAUUCCCUCCGGCUCCAGCUCGGGGCUGUCUAAGGUCCACAUCUAUCAUCACACCCAACAUAACACUUUUAGAGUGGUGGGGAGGAAGCUGAAUGACCAUGAGGUGGUAAUUAACUGCGGCAUCGUCCGAGGCCUUAAGUACAACCAGGCGACUGCCACAUUCCACCAAUGGCGCGACGCGAGACACGUGUACGGUCUGAACUUCUCCUGUCGCGAGGACGCUGACAGCUUCGCUAGAGCCAUGAUGCACACCCUGGAGGUGUUAGCGAACAAAGUCAGCAAUAACUCCGCGCCGCCCCCGCCACAGCAGCCUAACCCUCCCGGGCCUUACAACGGACACAACAACACGCACUACGACGAAGAUAUGGGGUAUAGAACAAUGACCCGAGAGGAUGCAGCCAUGCUCCAACAGCCUCAAUACCACGCUCCUCAUCAUCAGCACCAGCUUCCACAGCAUCAACCGAUUCCACAUCAGCCGCAACCGGUGCCAGUGCAGCAUCAGCAGCACCCGAUGACCCCUCAGCACCAGGUAGCUCAUCCUCAGAUCAACCACCAGGUGCCACAUCAGCCCAUCCCACCGCCCAGCCAGUACCACGCGCCUCAUCAUCACACCACGGGUCCAGCCGUGCAAUCUGCGCCCACGCCGCCGCCCCACGGCGUGCACACGCUGCCCCAUGCCCAACACGCGCCGCCUACGCACUCGCACCAUCGCACUAACAGUGCCCCCAUGCCCCCAAACAUGUCCCUAACUCCUGCGAGUGGUUCAACUGCACCACCCCCAGUGCCACCUCACCAAAAUCUACCACCAGCGGCUAAUGGCCCCGUUGCCCCACCGACGCCUCCAGCAGCACCACAGCCGCCACCAAUGCUCCAGCAGCAGCCGCCACCUGCACCUCCGGCGCCCCCUCCGGCAGCGGCUCCGGCUCCACCUCCGCCACCUCCUCCCCCAGGGGGAGCAGUGGCCUCUCCUCCGCCGCCGCCGCCGCAGCCGCAGCCCCCGGUCGUUGACCCCACGGGGCUAGCCGCGCAGUUGCAGCAGGCGAGACUUAAAAGACAGGCUAAGCAAGCCAACACAGAGGUGGCUUCGCCCCCGGGAGGCAACAGCGGGGGCAGCGCGGGGAGCACCGACCAUUCCUCUUCAUCGUCAGGUCGAGCCAGCCUCCACUGCAUGAUGCACGAGAUGCAGCGUACCCUGGCCAGGAGAAGGGCGCAUCUGGAUAAGGCUGAGGAGACAUCGGCAGAUAACUCGGUGAACUCCACCCCGAUGAAGAGCUGGGAGCGUUCGGCGACGUUGCCGCACCGACUUCCCGCUGCAUGUAAUGGCAACACUCCUAGUGCCGAGUCCCCUGCGCAGCCGCAACCGCAAUCGCCUAGAUCUGCACGAAAACGGUUCGGAUCGGCCAGCGAAGAAACUAUACUAAAGCAAGUGAACGGAACCGAAGGUGGCUGCGUGUCAGCGGCUGAGUGGGAGGGUUUCAAGCAAGAGCUGAUGAGGGAAGUCAAGACGCAGCUCACGCAGAUGAAACGCGAAAUACUUGACGCGAUGAAAGCUGAGUUCGCUCGCAGGUAA